AUGCGCGGGUCAUUACGACUCCCGAAUGGCCUCCGGGCUGCCCGCGCAAGCGUACGAAGCACCUCGACAUUACCUCCACGACUCGCAGCUUCAACAAACGCUCCGUCGCAAACAGCAACAACCGCCCCAAUCCUACGCAGUCACACGCUCAAUCCCUCAUACAAAUCCUUCCACACAAUCCCUAGCCUGUCAAAAAGCCGAGACCGAGACGCGAUCCCCGAUAAUUCACAUCGGACCAGCUUCAGCGAGCUCGACGUGCUUGGCAGCGUGCCGGUGCCGUCGACGUCGGUGGACGUGUGCAUGCACGAUGGCUUCGAGCUGAACAGCGGCAUCACAAUAGCGGGAGGGGACGGGGCUCUACUUGUCAACGGCGAGGCGUUUGCGUGGCGGCCGUGGGAGGCCAGCGGGAAGAUGAAACUGGUCAACGAGAAGGGGCAGUUUGAGCUGCCGGCCGAGGCAUUUGGGCUGCUUGACGUGCUCUGGCCAAGACCCGAUCUGUUGGUGAUUGGGGUGGGCAAGACCAACUUGCCGCUGAGUCCCCGGACGAGACAGCAUCUUACGCAGCUGGGGGUGAGGGUAGAGAUGCUGGACACGAGGAAUGCGGCGGCGCAGUUCAACUUGCUGGCGACGGAGCGAGGAGUGUCGGAUGUGGCGGCGGCUUUGAUACCCAUUGGCUGGGAGGAAGGAUCGGGUGUUGUUUCAUGA